UAGAAGCUUACUUAAUUUACAGUGUUUAGUAUAUGUGCAUUAAAGGAUGUGAGAAAUAUGUAGAUGAAGACCCUAAUUGUUAUAAAUAUUGUUUAGUGUGAAAACUAUAUUAAGACAACAUUUUGUUAACUUAAAAGAUAUUAGUGGCGUCAAACUAUAGUGCGGAUUGAUUUCUAAGUAUUUGUGUUGUAUACUUUUUGUGACUGAAACGAAUUCAUUCUGAAUCGAAAGGAUUUGAGUGGGUAUAAAUGUGUUGGAUAGUAUUGCAACUGGCAGCGAUACAGAUACAUCAAUUUGUUGUCCAGAAAUUGUUUUAUUUGUAUUCGUACACUUGCGUAAAGAGCCAUAUCACCAGCGAUAUGUCUACUACCAAUAAUACCGAAAAUGAAACAAUACAAGAUAUGUCUGCAGUUCGGGCUCAUACGAACAUAAACGGUUCAACUUUGGGUAAUAUGGAAAUUCAAAUGGACAAUUAUGAUGAAGACCGUACGAAUAUUAAUAAUGCUAAUAAGUUUUGUUGGAAACGGCUAAGUAAUCCUUCUGGACCUCAGCCACGUCCAAGACAUGGACAUCGAGCCAUCAACAUAAAAGAAUUAAUGGUCGUGUUUGGUGGAGGGAAUGAAGGCAUUGUAGACGAACUUCAUGUUUAUAAUUCUGUUACCAAUCAAUGGUUUGUACCGGCAAUGCGUGGUGAAGUUCCACCAGGUUGUGCCGCAUAUGGUUUUGUUGUUGUGGGUACUCGUAUGUUUGUUUUUGGUGGCAUGAUUGAAUAUGGAAAAUAUUCUAAUGAACUUUAUGAGUUGCAAGCAACAAAAUGGGAAUGGCGUAAAAUGCAGCCUGAAUUGCCGGAUAACAUGCCAGCUCCAUGUCCACGUCUAGGCCACAGUUUCACCAUAGUAGGGGAUCGUAUAUUUCUUUUUGGCGGCUUAGCUAACGAAUCUGAUGAUCCUAAAAACAACAUACCUAAGUAUCUAAACGAUUUAUACAUUUUGGAAACCCGUGGAGUACACAGUCAUAACGGCAAAUGGAUUAUGCCAAAAACAUAUGGAGAAAGCCCACCUCCACGGGAGUCUCAUACUGGCGUAGCAUUUACAAGCAAAAAAUCCAAUAAACUACAUUUAUUGAUUUAUGGUGGAAUGAGUGGUUGUCGCCUAGGUGAUUUGUGGCUCUUGGAAGUUGAUUCUAUGACAUGGUCAAAGCCACGAACACGUGGUCCCGCACCGUUACCCAGAUCCUUACAUAGCGCCACAAUGAUUUGCAAUAAAAUGUAUGUUUUUGGGGGAUGGGUACCUUUACUUAUAAAUGAUUCUAAAUCAACAACCGAAAGAGAAUGGAAAUGCACAAAUACUCUCGCAGUUCUCAAUUUGGAUUCAAUGACUUGGGAAAAUGUAACUGUCGACUCGGUUGAUGAAGAUGUACCACGAGCUAGGGCUGGCCACUGUGCAGUAGGUAUUCAAAGCCGUCUGUAUGUGUGGUCUGGUCGUGAUGGGUAUCGUAAAGCAUGGAACAACCAGGUUAGGGUUUGCUGCAAAGAUCUGUGGUAUCUUGAGGUCACUAAACCACUUUAUGCCGUUAAAGUUGGUUUGGUGCGUGCUUCCACCCAUGCAUUGGAACUGUGUUGGACCGCUACUACUUUUGCUACAGCCUAUGAGUUACAAACACAAAAAAUCGAACCUGUAACUAUGGCUGCUAAAGUGGUAACACCUUCAUAUGCUCCUAGUGCUUGUGCUACGACAGUGCCCAGCAGUCAAAAUCCCGUUAAUGGAAUGACAACGUCAAUACAACCCUCACCAACAAUGUCAUCGAACAAGCAUCAGAAGAUUUAUAAUACAGCCCUACCCACUGUUACUUUGCAACAAUCUACUGUCAAAGUAUCUACCAAUGCUCUUAUACAGCAACAGGCGCAGCCACAAACGCAUCAGCCGCAGCAACAACCUCAUAUGCAGGGUUCAACUAUUUACAUAGCACAACAAGUUCAGCAAUCUCAACAAAUCAGUCAAAUCAAUGCAAAAAUUUUAGCUUCGUCUCCGAGCAUUGUAGAGAAUACUAUGCCGACGCCACGCAUAAUAAAUGCGGCAGCACCGGCAAUUGUAAAUUCCAGCACCCCUGUUAGCGGUAGUGGAGGGGUCAUAUCAGCAACUUUAGUAAAUGUGUCCCAACAACAACCAAGUGUAUCAAUGAUCAAUAAUAACAUAACAACCAUAUUGCAAAAAUACCGACCGAAUACGGUUGUAUCUCGAACUUCUGCUAUAACUGCACCAAUUGCCACAGGAUCGGCUGCAAUAUCGUGUACACAGGUGAAUGCUGGUACUAAUAGUUUACGUGUUGUAAGUGCUGCGUCUACUCCUGUAACAACAACAGCUCAGACGAAUACUGUUCGCAUUGUGUCAGGAAAUGCUGGUCAGACUUUACGUUUAGCUACUACACAAGCUUCAGGAAAUACAACUACCAUAUUGAAAACCGCUCAAAAUACGAGCGCUAACAUGACUGGACAGGUACAAAACACUGCUAUUGCUAAUUCAGGAACGUCCAUAGGUACUGCUACCACAAUUGGUGGCAAACAAUAUAUAUUGCAAAAGCCUUUAACAUUGGGAACAAAUGUACAGUUUCAGUUAGUAAAAACUAGCACAGGCGGAGUAGCCGUGCAAACCCUUCCGAAAAUUAAUUUGAAAAAUACUAACACCGCAGGCGCACCAACUGUAGGUACGCAACAGACAGCAACAGGACAAAUAGUGACAGCUUCACAAACAGUAGUUAGCAAUGUUGUUUCACAAACACAGCAACAGUUUAUUGCUACUGUUGGCGCUGGUACCAAUGCAAAUUGCAUAACAUCUAUAGCAACUAAUGUGUCCACCGGACAGCAAAAACCAAUAGUAUCUGGUAAUCUUGUUAAAUUGGUUUCCCCGCACACCGUUAGUGGUGGUAAAUUAAUUAUGAAAAAUUCAAAUAUACUACAAGUGGGGAAGGUAUCUUCAAAUGUUGCCGGCAAACCAGCAUUUGUUAUCACUAACAAACAGGGACAUCAGUUAACCAAUCAACAGAUCAUAAUUGUUACUACUGGUUCAGCUUUACGAACCAUAUCGACAUCAAAUGUGGUGUCUCAAGCAGGUGCAUGCAACAUUGUUUCAAUAGUAGGUUCUACAUCGACAACAGCUACAGCUGUAGCGCAUAGAAAUGUGGUAGCUACUCAGAGUGGUGUUAAAAUGAUACGUGGAGUUACAAGCACAACAGGACGCCCAAUUACUCUAACAUUGCCUUCAGCGACAACGCAAUUGUCUCAGCAACAUCUUACGGGUCAACAACAUCAGCAAAAAAUCAAUGUGCAGGCUGCAAAUAUACAUCAAAAAACAAUAACAUUGGGAGGUAAAGCAGUAACAGUUCAAAUGGCUGCAAAUCCCAAUAUAACUGGGCUAACCAAAACUGUUACGAUCGUUGGAUCAAGCUCAGGGCAUACUCAACCUCAGACCAUUGUUACAAGCGGUAUAGCUGGCAACACAGGAAGCAAAUUAGUCGUGUUACCCGCUAACACAACCAUAGCUAAUAAAGGAUUUGUUAAUAUUUUAAAUACAACUGGCGUAAAUAAUAGCGGAGGAAAUACUUUGCAACGUUCGAUUACAUUAGCAUCUAAAAAUAUAAUGGGGACAACAAAUUCACAAGUCGGUUUUGCGACACACAUCAAUAGUAAUGGGUCAAAUGAACCGACAGUUGCUAUAACAGCACUAACAGAUUCUAAUUACACUGAGGGUGAUACUAUGGACGAUAUAAUUGAACAAUUAGAUGGUGCAACAGACGUAUUUGGAAAAACCAUUGACACUAACUCCGAAGAUAUUGAUUGCGAGGCAGAAACUCUCGAGUUGAAUUAUAACCAAAACCAAGUAGUAGAAAUGUAUGAAGAUUUUGAAGAAGUCGGCAUUACCUCUUUAAAUGAAACAAGAGAUUCUACAAAUAUUCGUGUAAGCACGAGAAGGAAACCUGAGUUUGCAAUUGAAUGCAUGCGCGUCCCCAAUGCGGUAGUCAUCAACUCAGAAUCUCCCCACAUACAAACAGUAUAUACACAAAAAUGUUUAAGUAAAUAAAGGAAUAACUUCGGAAAGACCACUUGCAUUACAGGUGUAUCGUCGAAGCAUUAGAAUCUUAAAAAGACGGUGGAUAGUUUUACGAUAUGGCAAAAGAGGAAGGUAUUACCCCACAAAUGUGGCAAGAUUUGCUAACGUUUGUGCAGCAUAAUAUAACAUCUGCAUAAAAUUUAAGGGUUCGUCUCAGUGUGAAAUUUUCGACAAAUCGACAUUAUCGGAUAGUAUACACUGUAAUAAACAUUCUCUUGAAUUUUCAAAUCGAAAUUCUAAUUAUAAUGGUCGUUACAGCGUUUCUUGUAGAAAGGCAACAAAGUGGGUAACAUAGCUACUUUUUUGUUCAAACCGUCGCCAUUUUGUCAAAUUAAAAAAAAAAAUGUUUUCCUAGCAUGAUAGCCACUUUCCUUCAGAUUAAUGAUCUUUAAGAAAUUUUUGUUUUAGAUAAAAUUGCGGCCGCAAUCCUGGACAUCAUACAGGACUUUGUUUUUUACGUGUAAUUUCAACAACUUUUUUAAUUAUUAUACAUCCAAUAAAUAAACAUAAAAACAUUAUAUUCGUCAUGAAUGUUUUUAUUUAUAAAAAAAACUGGACCGGUUAAGUAAUUUCAACAUUAAAAAGAAUGCGAGAAUCAGUGAUGUCACACUGAGACGAUCCCUUAAAAUAAGUUAUAACCCUCAAAAUUGCACUUCGGAUCACACACAAGAAAUCUAUACCGGGUUGGCAAAACGCCUAAUCGCAAUCGGAGAAAAGAAAAUACAUAAAAUAAAGUAUUCUUUAUUAAAUUUACUUUGAAAAUGUCUUUAACCUUGUAAAUAUUUUUUUUCUUAAUGUAAACUGAAAUAAAAAAUUUUGAUUUUCAUUUAUUGGUA